AUGGGGUCCUUCAAGUUUGGGCGGCGCAAGCGCAGCGGGAGCAAGAGCAGCAAGAAUAGCAGCUUGUAUAAUGACAAAGAAUCUAUUAAUACCCCAAAUUCCAAAGCUACUUCAACUAGAAGUGUUCCAACUCUUCACCAAAUGAAAGACGUGUCUACAAAAGAUAGUCCACUCAAGAAUAAGAACAAGUCUCGCAGACUCAGCAGGCCUGGGCCGGACGUUGGAAACUAUACUGAACCAAUCUUGUCACCACGUUCAAAUAGUGCAAUGAAUACGGAAUCUCAUUCUCAAGAAGAUAAUAACUAUACCAUGUCCAAAACACCACUAAUGCCUGAAAUAACUUCUAUCAAAUCACAAAGAACUUCGGGAGAUCGUCCAAGAUCUCUUUUUAGAUCAAGAAGACAUAAACAUGGUGAAUUGGAUUCUGAAGGUGAUGAUGAUCAGGACAUUGCUAAAUCACAUACAACAUACCAACAACAAUUUCAACAACAACCAAGAUUCAAUCCACAAGAACCAGCUCUACUGAGCUUACCUUUGAUCAAGACUGAUUCAUUACCAGUAACAGAUGCUUCUUCACCUCCACAUUCUGGUGUAUCUUUGGGUAAUUCAUCAUCUCAUAAUUUACCAUUAGUUAAUGAACCAAUUGCAGAAUCUUCACCAAAUCAAUUAAAAGUAAAUACUAAACCCACCAAUGGCGGUUCAUCUAAGAAGAAUUCAUUUACAACAUCUGAAAUUGAAACACCAAUUGAAGUUGAAGCUCAUAUGGCAAAUACAGAUUCUACAUUAAAAACAAGUAUAUUAAAUCAAGAAGCUAAUAAUAGUGGAAUUUUUUCAAAUUUUUUGUCUGCUGCUCAUAAUGCUGCUUCACAUCUUGGAAAUAUAACAUCUUCAUCACAUCCUGAAGAAUUCAAAUCACAUCCACCAACUGAAAAUGCUUCAAGCUCAAAUAAUAACAAUAAUAAUAAUGAAAAUGGGAAUGUAAAUAGUACGAAUAAUGGUACUGGCAAUGGUACUGGUACUUCAUUUAUGCAACAUUUAGAUUCUUUAUUAUUUUCACAAUCAAAAAACAAAUCAAGAGAUAAUUCUGCAGAUCAUUCAAAUAAUCCACAAACCCAAGAUGAAGGUGAUAAUGAUAAUGAUGAUCGUUCCAUAAGAAGUGGAACUCAAUCAAUUGCACAUGAUGUUGUAUUCCAACCUAUUAGGAAAAAUGCUCUAAGUACAAUGGGGAAAGGAGAAUUAACAUUAGAAGCAUUAGGCUUUACAGAUUCUGGAUUGCAUAAUGAUCGAACUUUAGGAUCUCAACAAACUCAAGUACCUAUGAUUGCAGUUGAUAAUGCUGAUGAAAAAAGAGUACAACAUAGUAAUUCCAUUUCAGGAACUAGAGAUCUUGCAUCGGGUGUUCAAAAUGAAGAUUCAAAUGGUGCUGCAAUGUCUAAAGUUAUGUCAGGACCAAGUGCUUUAGGAAGAUCAUCAACUCAAUUAUCAAAUGGGAAAUUAGGUGCUUCAACUUCAAAUGCUAAUAUUAGUCGUGAUUUGGGUUCUAUUGAUCCUAAAGCUCAAGAUGAAAGUUUUGAAACAAUGAGAUCAGCAUCACCAGUCUCAGCAUUUAGAAGAUCAAUAUCACCAAUAAAUUUGAAAAUGUCAAAAUCAUCUGGUGCAAUUCCAACUCAAGAUUCAUUAGCAGCUGCAGGAAGAAGAAUGAUGCAUAGAAGAAGUGUAAGUUCUGUCACAGAAGAUCAUCCAAACAAUAAUAAUAAUAGCUUAAAUCCAACUACUACAUCACAUUCAGUGGAUACUGAAGUUAGUAGUCCAUCUGGUACACCAAUGUCUGCAAGUUUUUCUACAACUGAUUUAAAAGAUUAUUCAUAUGCAAAUCAAAAAAGAGAUAAAGAAUUUCAUUCAAUGUUUAAAAAAAUCCCAUCAAGUGAAAAACUAUUAGAUGAUUAUAGUUGUGCUUUACAAAGAGAUAUUUUAGUUCAAGGUAGAAUGUAUAUUACUGAAAAACAUAUUUGUUUUAAUGCAAAUAUUUUAGGUUGGACAACAAAUAUAAAUAUUCCAAUUCAAGAAAUUGUUCAAUUAGAGAAAAAAAACACUGCAGGUCUUUUCCCUAAUGGUAUAAUUAUUCAAACAUUACAUCAAAAAUAUAUAUUUGCAUCAUUCUUAGUUAGAGAUACAACAUUUGAUUUAAUUACAAAUAUUUGGGUUAAAUUAGUAAGGGGACCAACAGCUGGUAAUGUUGAUGUUCCUGUUGAUUUUUCUCAUUCAGAUUCAGAUUCAAAUUAUAAUGGUGAAGAUGGAUAUAGUUCAGAUGAUGAUUAUGAUAUUGAUGAUGAUUCUUCAGAUGAAUUAGGUGGUGUUGAAUUUGGUCCUUCAAAACAUUCACCAACAGAAUUUGAACAUAAAGAAGUUAAUGGAGAAACUAAAAUCAAAGAAGAUAUAAUUGAAGCACCAUUAGGUAAAGUUUUCAAUUCAUUAUUUGGUGAUGAUUCCAAUUUUUUCAAAUCAAUUUUAGAAAGUCAAAAAAAUAAAGAAAUUUCUACAAUUCCAAAAUUCAUUUCAAAUCAAAGAAAAUAUACUUAUGUUAAACCUUUAAAUAGUCCUGUGGGUCCAAAGGAAACUAAAUGUCAUGUCUCUGAAACGAUUGAGUUUAAAGAUUUUAAAUCUUAUGUUCUCGUUACACAGACCACAAAGACACCAGAUGUUCCCUCAGGUAAUUCAUUUUCAACAAAUACUCAAAUCUAUUUAUCAUGGGGUCCUAAGAAUUCAACCUCCAUAACUGUUUUCACUUCAGUUCAAUGGACUGCAAAGAGUUGGAUUAAAGGUGCUGUUGAAAAAGGUUCAGUUGAUGGUCAAAAAGAAUCUAUGAAUAUUCUUGUUGAUGAAUUAAAAUCACGUUUUUCAAGCUUUAGUAAUGAUGAUGAUAAUAGUUAUUCUGAUGGAAAUGAUGGUUCUUCUAGUUCAUUACCAACUAUUGGACCUUCAACUCAUGAACCAACUGAUAAUGAAUAUAAGAAAAAUUCAGGUGAUACACAAAUUGCUGAUGAAAUUUUCAAUGCACCAUUAGGUACAAUUUAUAGUAUACUUUUCGGUGAUGAUUCAUCAUAUUUAAAAUCAAUUAUAGAAGCACAAAAAAAUGUUGAUAUUUCAUCAAUCCCAAAUUUUAGUAAUGAAGGUGAUAGUAUUAAACAAAGAAAUUAUCAAUAUGUUAAACCAUUAAAUGGAUCAAUUGGACCAAAACAAACAAGAUGUCUUAUAACUGAAACUAUUGAUCAUUUUGAUAUAAAUAAAUAUAUUCUUGUUACACAAUCAACAAAAAAUCCAGAUGUCCCCUCGGGUAAUAGUUUUACUGUUCAAACAAAAUUUUAUUUUUCAUGGGGUUCAAAUAAUUCAACAAGAUUAUUAAUUAUUACAUCUAUAAAUUGGACUGCAAAAAGUUGGAUUAAAGGACCAAUUGAAAAAGGUACAAUAGAUGGACAAAAUGAAUCUGUUGGUAUAUUGACUUCAGAAUUGAAAUCAAUCCUUACAAAUGCUAAAUCUGGUAAGAAAUCUAAGAAAAAAAAUAAGAAUAAUAAAUCAAGAUCAAAUACUUUAAAAGAACCUGAUGAUUCCGAUUCCAAAACUUCCACUCAACAAGAUCAUGAUCCAUUAAUGGAUUUCUUGAAUAGAUUCCAAUCACCAUAUAUAUUUGGUAUUAUGAUUUUCCUUGUUAUAUUUUUAUUCUUUAUAUUAAGAAAAUCAGGAACACCAUCAUCAACAUUAAACAUUGAUGGAAUUCAAAAAAUCAUGAUUGAUGGACGUGAAUAUAUGAUUAUGCCAUCAGUAGAAGAUUCAUUGAAAAAGAAUACAUUAAGGGAACAAACAGAAUAUGAAGUUUGGAAAUGGAUUAAUGAAAGAACAAAAUCUUCAAUAAUAGAAAAAAAUCAUAAAUAUCAAGAUUUAAAUGAAAUGGUUAAUCUUGCUGAGAAUCAUUUGAAAAUUUUAAAAGAACAAAUAUCAAGAGAUGAAGCAUCUGAUGUACCUUCUGGUAUACUUUGA